GACUGGGGUCGUCCGGGGGACCUGUGGAACCUUCACAUCCAGUGGCACGUCCCCAGUGUGGAGGAGACCAGAUUUGUGUUCUAUGUUCUGGACCUGAUCUUACAGCCAGAGCUGCUGCGACUGCAGAGAUAUGCCCAGGGGGAACGGGACAUGACCAGGGAUGACGUCCUACAGAGUUUGUCUAUCGUGCAGCACUGCCUUCUGGGAGCAGGAAGUCUGUUUCCACCACUGCGAGGAGAGCCCAUCCCAGAACUAGUUACUAGCAUGGUGAAUCUGGGUGAGACCAACCUCUUCACAGGAGUGUCCUAUGAUGUGUCCAGAGAGAACUACAGAGAUGCUAUCUGUAGAGUGAUGAGGCAGUUGCUACAUCACAUUCUGGAACACUCCGAGGACGACACCAAGUCUCUAUUCUCCAUCAUCAAGAUCAUCAGUGACCUGCUACACUUCAAAGGCUCCCAAAAACACGAGUUUGACUCUCGCUGGAAGAGCUUCAACCUGGUCAAGAAGUCCAUGGAGAACAGGCUUCAUGGCAGGAAGCAGCACAUCAGAGCCCUACUGAUCGACAGAGUUAUGCUACAGCAUGAGCUUCGUAAGCUAACAGUGGAGGGGUGUGAGUACAGGAGUAUCCACCAGGAACUGAUGAGGGAUCUGCUGAGGCUAUCCACCAGCACCUACAGUCAGGUGCGUAGCCGGGCUCAGAGUGUGCUGUUCACGGCUCUGGGAACCUAUAACUUCUGCUGCAGGGACGUGAUCCCCCGUGUGCUGGAGUUCCUGGAACCAGACCGCUCCGACGUCACACAGCAGCAGUUCAAAGGUGCCUUAUACUGUCUCUUGGGGAACCACAGUGGGGUGUGCCUGGCCAACCUGCACGACUGGGACUGCAUCACCCUGACCUGGCCUGCCAUCGUCCGCUCAGGACUCAGCUCAGCUAUGUCCCUGGAGAAGCCCUCCAUCGUCCGCCUGUUCGACGACCUCGCUGACAAGAUCCACCGCCAGUACGAGACCAUCGGCAUAGACUUUGCUAUCCCAUCAGAAUGCCGUGCGGUGGCCGUGCAGCUCCAGACCUCUGGUGUUCCUCUGCCCCCGGAACCUGUCCCCUCAGACCAAGAAGAAGCAGAGGGCCUCAGGAGGCAGGAGGAGAAGAACUUAGACUCUGAACAGAAAUAUGACAAGCUGGUUGGUGAACUUCUGGACCGCCUCAAUGACAGAAACAUGCCCUGGAAGUUUGAGCACAUUGCCAUUGGCUUCAUGUCUCUGUUACUGAGGGAUGACCACCCCCUCCCCUCCCCCGCUGUCCUUUUCUUCGUCAAGAGCCUCAACCAUGACUCCCUCCUGGUCCGCAAGGUGGCGAUAUCAGCUGUUGCAGGGAUCAUGAAGCAACUCAAGAGGCCACACAGAAAAGUACCAGUCAGCUCCAACACGCUCUGUGGUAUGAAAGAGCUGGCUGGUUUGAUAGCAGGGGACAGGCCUGAUAACCAGUGGCUCCAGUAUAACAGUAGCAGUCUGCCUCGUACCCAGCAGGACUGGGAGGGCUGUACGUUUGUAGAGAAGACCCACUGGGGAUACUACAGCUGGCCACAGAAACUCAUGAUGUACGCUCCUUCUGAGGAGCAGCCCAAACAAGGACUGACCAGGGAGGAGAUGACAGAGCGAGAGCAGAUCAUCUAUGACCACUUCUCAGAUCCAGGAUUCAUCAACCAGCUGAUUGAGUUCCUCUCUCUGGAGGACCGCAAGGGCAAGGACAAGUUCAGUCCCCGCAGGUUCUGCCUUUUCAAGGGCCUGUUCCGGAACUUCAACGAUGCCUUUCUGCCCCUGUUGAAACCACACAUGGAGCGUCUGGUGGCCGACACACAUGAGAGCAAACAGCGCUGUGUAGCAGAGAUCACCUCUGGACUGAUCAGAGGCAGCAAGCACUGGAGCUAUGGCAAGGUGGAGAGUCUGUGGGAGCUGCUGUGUCCUCUGAUCCGUACAGCUCUGAACAACAUCACUGUAGAAACAUACGCUGACUGGGGCACCUGCAUCGCCACAGCCUGUGAGAGCAGAGACCCCAGGAAGCUCCACUGGUUGUUUGAAAUGCUGAUGGAAUCUCCAGUCAACGGGGAGGGGGGAUCCUUCGUAGAUGCCUGUCGUCUGUAUGUGCUGCAGGGGGGCCUGGCUCAACAGGAGUGGAGGGUCCCUGAGCUGCUCCACAGACUGCUGCAGUACCUAGAGCCCAAACUCACACAGGUCUACAAGAACGUCCGUGAGCGCAUCGGAAGCGUCCUCACCUACAUCUUCAUGAUAGACGUCAACCUGCCGUACACCCAGCCCACGGCCUCGCCCCGCAUCAAGGAGUUCACAGAGCGCAUACUGCUGCGCCUCAAACCCCUGACGGAGGGGGACGAGGAGAUCCAGAACCACGUGGUAGAGGAGAACGAUGUGGGGGAGCAGGAUGAGAGGACACAGGCCAUCAAACUACUGAAGACAGUACUCAAGUGGCUGAUGGCCAGUGCUGGACGCUCCUUCUCCACAGCCGUUCCAGAGCAGCUCCAGUUGCUACCCCUGCUUUUCAAGAUCGCUCCAGUGGAGAAUGAUGACAGUUAUGAUGAGCUGAAGAGGGAUGCAAAGACCUGUCUGUCUCUGAUGUCCCAGGGACUACUCUACACAGAGCAGAUACCACUGGUCCUGCUGGCCCUGCAAGAG